GUGAAGUCAUCGAAUUAAGAAAAAAAUUAAGAGGUUUAAUAAAGACACAAAAUUCUAAACCGAUAAAAGGAGUAAUGCAAUUUGUAGCGUUAAUCGAUGAGAGUCUCAAGUGCUUAGAGAGGCAAGGAUUCCAGUAUAUUCAAGGUCAAACGCAAGGGCAAUUUCAUCCUAUUGAUAACGUAAAGACGGAAGCCAUGCUUGUUGAAAUUACGGAUAAUGGACAAGAUGAUAUAAGGCCAAAUGUCGAAAAACGAACUAAUAAAGAAAAUUUUUAUGAUUUAAAUGAAACGACAAGAACAGCAAUUGUAUGGAAAGAUGGAACACUUAAAGUCGAGGAAGAAACACAUUAUAAUGAAAUCAGCUAUUGGAACAACCAAGAUGGGGAAGUUAUCGAUGAGGAAGAUAAAGAAGAUGUAAUUAGCCUGGACGCGUCAGAAAUCGAGUUUGACGAUGAAAAAUCAUUAGGGAUAGGGUGUGAAGAGAUGGAGUGGAUAUAG